CUGGAAAUCGCAGAAAUGCUCGAGUGUAGAAGGAUUGACAUCUGCUGCCUUCAGGAAACCCGAUGGAAAUCGAAUGGUGUCUGUCAUGUCAACUCAGACAAAGAAAAAUAUAAACUAUUCUGGAAUGGUCAAAAGACGACCAAAAAUGGUGUUGGAAUUUUUGUCAGAGAACCGCUAGCCCAAGAAGUACUGGAUAUUAAAAGGAUUAAUUCACGUCUCAUGUUGAUCAAGCUUCGCAUAGAAAAGCAAACAAUGAUUAUUUUUUCUGCAUACGCACCACAGACAGGCGAAUCAGAAGAGAUGAAAAAUGACUUCUGGACUGCAUUCUUUGACACCAUCUCAACAAUACCAAAAUCUGAAACAAUCCUGAUUGGAGGCAAUCUCAAUGGCCACGUUGGAGAAAAAACAGAUGGUUUUGACAACGUACAUGGUGGUUUUGGCUAUGGAAAACGGAAUGAAGAUGGCAACCGCAUCCUUGAGUUUGCUGAAAGUCACGAGUUUUGUUACUGA